AUGGCGCGGUUCAACGCGAGUGGGUGGGCGUCAAGGACGCUGCUGCUGAUCAUGAUCGCCGUGAUGGCCUUCAGCAUCAGGCUGUUCUCCGUUGUCAAGUACGAGAGCGUCAUCCACGAGUUUGACCCGUACUUUAACUAUCGGGUGACCCAGUUCCUGACUAAGGAGGGCGUCUACAGCAUGUGGGACUGGUUUGACGACCGGACGUGGUACCCCCUCGGCCGCGUCAUCGGCGGGACCGUCUACCCGGGCCUGAUCGUGACGGCAGGCGCCAUGUACCGCUUCCUCCAUGCCUUGAACAUCCCGAUCCACGUCCAGGAGGUGUGCGUGUUCACGGCGCCACUGUUCAGCGCGUUCUGCGCCCUCGCCGCCUACGGCCUCGUGAAGGAGUGCCGCUCCGAGGGCGCGGGCCUGGUGGCGGCCACGCUGGUGGCCAUGGUGCCGUCCUACAUCAGCCGCAGCGUGGCGGGGUCAUACGAUAACGAGGGCGUCGCCAUCUUUGCCCUCGUCAACGUGUUCUACACGUUCGUCAAGCUGGUCGCUGGUUGCAAGGACGACCAGCUGUGCAAGCAUGCGCCGCACCUGCCGCUCCUGCAAACACCCAGUGCCGCUGCAGCAGGGCAUGGCGGCCCCUGA